AUGGGUGGCUAUUAUAACACUGACAGAGGAAAUAAGCUUAUGUUAGUAGCCUGUUUGUCGUUAGUGCUCGCCACGAUAGUCGUUCCAGCUCGAGUCUGGGUGCGGUUGAAAGUGGUUCGUUCUUUUGGCCCUGAUGACUGGGCGGUUGUUAUUGCGACUGUGUUUGGAAACUCAUUCUGUGUCCUUGUAAUGGUGGGUAUGUUCUUUGGUUUUGGUGAACAUAUCGAUAAAGUGCCCCCGAAUGAGUACAAAAUUGGCUUAAUGAUCAGCUGGAUCACCCAACUCCUCUACAUCCCCGGUGUCUGCAUCGCCAAAAUCAGCGUUUCCCUCUUUAUUCGCCGCCUCUCGCCUUACAAAACUUACACAAAGAUAGCCUGGUUCAUAAUCGUAUUCAUGAGCCUUCAGGGAAAAUGCUUGUCACCGCAAUUCAUGAAUGUUUUGGCUUAUUCGCAUAGUGCGUGUAACAUUACCACUGAUUUUGCACUGUUGUUUUUGGUUGUUGCUAUGGUGUGGAAUGUGCAGAUGCCGCGCAGACAGAAAAUGGCGGUGUAUGGCGUCUUUGGAUUGGGCACUUUUGCAAGCUUGGCGAGCGUCGUAAAAUUUACACUUUCUGUCGAUUUUGGAAAGAAGGGUGACUAUCUCUACGACAUCAAUGGUCUCGCAACCUGGUCCAUAGUUGAGAUACAAGCUGGCAUCGUCGCUAGCUCCUUUCCACGAUCAAACCUCUCUUCCGGAAAUACUUCAAACGCGGCCUCAACUCGUCCGACGCUAUCCCAAGCAAUAGCAGUGAACGCCCAUACCCGCUACAAUAUUUGUCGCCAACCUCGAGGAGCUUCCAGCACAACCUUGUCACGAUGGACAGCGAGAGCGAGCAACAUAUUGUGA